AGCGAAGAAGAAAUCUUGCCUUUUCCUUUACUACUUCCUGGUCGCGUACAACGUAAUCUGCAACUCUAGCUAACGCCCCCUCCCCCCAAUCGCUGUUUGUUUGGUUUUGUUUUUAUCACGGUUUAAAAUGCUGCGAGGUUUAGGGUCGUGGUUGGGUUUAGAGAACCCGACGCCGGCACAGAAGCCGAGCUCGGAGCAGUGGGAGGAAAAGGUGGUGGAAGCCCAAAAUGAGGUAAACAAACCGCAGUCAGCAGCUGGCCAAGAUGGUGAAGAAGAGCAUGAAAGCAUCCAAAGACAGGAAAACAACCAGGGACUGGGCGACUACAUUUUCAGUUUUGCAUCCAGCGUGACCAAGAAGAUCUCAGACUCGGUGGUGGAGACCUCUCAGACGAUCAAGAAGAGCGUGGAAGAGGGAAAGAUCGACGGCAUCAUCGACAAGACCUUUUUGGGAGACUUCCACAAGGAGCAGGAGAAGUUUGUCCUGGAAAAGAAGGCAAAAAGAUCAGCGGCGGUGCCUCCCUGGGUGGGCUACAACGAAGAGGAGACCAUCCAGCAGCAGAUCCUCGCUCUGUCGGCUGACAAGCGGAACUUCCUGCGUGACCCCCCGGCUGGCGUCCAAUUCCACUUUGACAUGGAGCAGAUGUACCCGCUGGCUGCUGUCAUGCUGGAGGAAGACCAGCUCCUCAACCGCAUGCGCUUCGACCUGGUGCCCAAGCACGUGAAGGAGGAUGUGUUCUGGAGGAACUACUUCUACCGCGUGUCGCUGAUCAAGCAGUCGGCACAGCUGACGGCGCUGGCGGCCCAGCAGCAACAAAAGGACGGCGAGGACAGGGGGGUCAGCGUGUCUCCUGAUGACGUGGUCUUAACAGACAACGUCAGGCCAAAAACUCCACCCGUUUCCAUCGGAGACAUGCAGAAGCCGCCUCAUGAAGAAGAGGAGGAGAUAUCGACGAGUCCCGGCGUCUCCGAGUUUGUGAGCGACGCGUUCGACUCGGCGGCCAUCGACCGUGAGGACCUGAGGAAGGAGAUGGAGCAGCUGGUGCUGGAUAAGGACAGCACUCCUGACGAGGAGCAGUCAGACUGGGAGAAGGAGCUUCAGCAGGAGCUGCAGGAGUACGAGGUGGUGACCGAGUCGGACAACAAAGACGACCAGUGGGAUCAAGAGAUUGAGCAGAUGCUGCAGGCUGACGACAGCUAGAUGGAUACGUUGAUGAAGAUGUACAUUUUCCUAAAAAUUCUUCUUCUCCACAACUUCCUAGCAUACUGGAAGAAGUGGAAACUUGUAAACUUUCCUGAUGAGAUCAUAGCAAGUGAGUAGAGUAGAUCGCCGCUGUUUGCGGGGGUUACGUUCCAUGCCCCGCACAAACGGCGACUUGCCAAUUUUUGAUACUCUAAACCCAAAUAAUUUGCCUCUCACCGUUUAUUCAAUGCAUUUUAAAGUCUGUUUUAUGCAUUAAGGACAACAAAAUCUUACUGCUGGAAAAUGUUGAUCAAAUUGACUUGCGAGACAGCGCCUUCUGCUGGAUUUCUAGCUGCGGCAGUCGUUUUUCCCCCGUGGGUGUAGCGCCUUCAAACCACUUUCUAGCAUAAAAACGACAUCAUUAUUUACUAGUUAUCAUGAGGUUGCUGUGUUAAUCUACCAUUUUUUGGUUUUCUGGGGAGCUAAAGAUCUACUUCUUUGUCGGAUUCUCCAGUGUCCUGCGGAAUCGGCCAAGAGGAGAGGAAUGCAGAUUUACCCCGCACUCAACCUUAACAUGUACGGGCUAGUUUAUUAAAAACAUUUUCUAUACAUAGUUCCCCACUGGGAUGUAAUAUCAUUCCCUAAAAUGAGCAGGAUGGUGCCCCUUCAAUGCAGAGAAAAGAAACCGUGAAUGGGCACAGAUCUACUGUUUCACCUCUUUUUUUUUUUUUUCUUUUUACUGUUUCACCUCUGCUGGAACAUUCUGGCCUUCUCUUGACGUCGUUACUUAGUGAUAGCGGACAUUUUGCGCUAGAGGGCGCCACAGUUACAAAAACUAACCGUAAGGCCUGUAUGACGUCACAGAUCUCGUUGAAAUUCUUUAUUCUGAAGACUUUGUUUCCACUUUGCUUUGUGCUGGCUUGUACAGUAAAUCUUUUACUACUACUUGAUUAUCUAACAGAAGUCAAAUGUAAAGUAAGUUGAAUGAUGUAAAUAAAGACAGUACAGUAUUGGAAAGAA